AAAUGUGGUGCGCACGGCACUACUUCCUUCCUUUAAAGCCACCCCUUCUUGGGAAUGCGACAUUAAAUCAUACCUGAAGAAACAAAAACCAGCAGACUUUGCAGACAUGGGCACAGCUAGAAACUGGUUCAACACAGUUCGAAAGAAGUUCAUCAAAUCAUCCCACCAAAGAGAUAUCGUCAUUCUUCACAGCGAAAACCUAAGCCGGCAGCCAAUGAUCAAAGAAGCUAGAGAUUUCCCUACCUCAGCUCCAUCAACAUCAUCAUCUCAGACAACACAUUUAACCAGAGAAGACAUUGCAGCAAUUAAAAUCCAGUCAAUUUUCAGGGGUCAUCUUGCAAGACGAGCAUAUAGAGCAUUGAGAAGCCUAGUUAAGCUGCAAGCAGUUGCCCGCGGGGCGUAUGUAAGGAAACAAACACAAAUAGCAAUGAAUUGCAUGCAUGCACUUGUGAGGUUACAAGUCAGGGUUCGUGCCCGCCAACUCCUCAACUAGUACAGUGACUGACAGCCGAUGUGCCCAGACAGCGUCACCUUCAUUUUCCACUAACCAUGAACACCACUUGCGACAGGUUUAGGUCAAAACCUUUUAUACCGUAAAAGUUUCCAAUACAGCAAUUUCUGUACUCUCGUCAAAAAUGGUGAGCAAUUUUAAACAUUUCCAGUCGCAAUCCGGGAAUGUGACAAUGAUGAACGUCAGUUUUCAGA